ACAAAUAAUAUGUUAUUUUUUAUAUUCUAAUAUAAAGAACAUGCACAAAAUAAAAAGUAAAUACACAAGUUUAUAGCUUUCUCGCUUGUUCUAGAUACUUUUCCUCUGUUGUCAUAGUUACGUGUUGUGAAUAUAUAUAAUACAUUAGGUUUGAGCUAAAAAUGAUACGUUAUCGUCGAUAUACUUGUUAUUUGACAAUUUAGAUUUAGUUAUUGCGCAUUAACGUAUAUCAGCAGAAAAAUUCUCUGGCUUCUCGUUGGAGGAAACAACGACGGAUAAUAAAAACUACAUAUUUUUUCUUCGGUAGUAUUUGCCGACAAUUAAUGAAAAUUCAUGUUGAACAGUUAACGUUAAUAUUUUCUAUAUUUUUAACAGAUUAUAGUUUGAAUAACAAAGAUAUGGCUGAAAAUAAAGAGUACGAAAUAUCCAGUAAAGUAAAUGAAACAAGACGUGUCAAAUAUGUGUCGCCGAAAAUGUCAGAAACACUGCUACUUACAAAGAAGCAAAAAUUUACAAAAAACCAGUUGAUUCAGGAAGUCUCAACAGCGAUUCCGCACAAACAUCGACGAUGGCAUCCUUUUAGUGUUAGCGGUGGUGCGCUAACGAGUCCACCUCGCGAUUUAGUCGAACGACAUAAAGAAGAGACCGAACGAAGAGCCACUAUCGCAGCUGAGAAGAAACGAGACCAUUUGCCCAAAAAUAUAGUGAGCUUGAAAGAUUUAGCGGAUGGCACGUGGUUGUCCAAAAGUCAAAAGGCAAAAGCUUUGGAGAGGAAAGAGUUAUUUGCUCAAGUCAAGAAGGAAAAGAUGACAAAGGAUUGGGAGAUUGUACGUUAUGUUGAAGCAGAAAUCCCAAGAUCUGUGGAAGAACAAUUGACUGAAUGGAUGGCGAUAGUCGAUAAAGAACAGAGACGAUUAAUUAAGCCUGAGGAUAUUGCUAAAAUUUCUUAUCUCAAGGACCAGUACAUUAGCGAUGAACAUUUACAACCAUACAGAUACACUGAUAUUGAAGCAGCAAAAAAGUACAUUACUGGUAAAUUGCGAGAACGCGAAGAUUUCAACAAGAUAAUGGAAGAACUGGAACUGGAAAUAAUAAGUAACUACAAGCAAGGUCUGCGAUCUGCGAUAGUGGAUUAUAUUCUCAUGGAUCCCAAUGAACGGAAACGUUUGUCUAUUGAAACGCUGCCUGUCGAAUUCCCUCUUCUGUGCAUUCGCGCACCGGUACCUUGGCAUCAGUCUAAGAUCACAGCGGAUCACUUGAUGCGACACAGUCUUUUCAUUAACAAUAAAAUAUUGAGAGAUAUCCGCGACUUGUGGUUUUUGAAGUAUCGUGAGAUAAGAAUAAUUCGCAUGCAAGAUUUCGGCACAUUUCCCGUGCCGGCUGUGGAAAUUGAGCCGCGGCUAAAUUCCUUGUGUGCCGCUGCCUCUGAUUUCCUCGUUAAACAAUGGCUAGCCGAUGUGGCGGAAAUAUUUCUGGAAAAAAAGUACGUCUGGUCGCAGUACUUUGACACACAUCCUAGCGCGUCCACCGCUUGGAUAGAAAAGUACUUUCGCAGUGUUAAUUCUCUUUUGUCGAGGCAAUUGCGAGUCAUGAUAAUGGAAACGUUGGAAGACGUGAGAAGUUUUUUCAUGCGCUACAGAGCUGGCAACGCGUUCGAAGGAGAUUACGAAGAUCUCAUGUUCCUUGAAACUCCUUUCAUAACAGUGAAAGUGGAGCCAGAACUCGGUACAACGAAUUUGCACUGCAGACCGAAUAUAUUUGAAUUACAUACUACGAUUUCUCGAUGUUUCGACAAGAUUAUCAAAGUAGGCGCUACGAUUCCCAAAAUCGAAACCAUCCUGUUUCCAGAAUUGGAACACGUCGGCUGUCUAUUCUCUAUUUCGCGAUACGAAGAUACGGUACUAAGCAUAAUUAGUGACGUAUUGGACGUGAUCAUUAAACAUAUCAAUGGACCCGAUAGUUACCUCAAGUGCUACAGUAACUUAUUGUAUAUCACGAGUGGUGUAGCCGAAGAGAAACUAGAUCAUUUCUUUUCGCUCGAGCCGACACCAUUGUUACGAGAAUUCGAGCAACAGAUAAGAGCGUACGACGCUUUGCGAAAAGAGAUAUCUAUGUUUAGGUGUAAGAUUCCGCUGAAUAUGAUCGAGAUAGAUUGCAACAUCGUAAACAACACGAUGCGAGAAAUACUGCACGCGUUUCGAAAUAGAAUAUGCGACUUUUUUGCGGAUGAGCUGCGGUCCAACAACCGCGAUUUGUGCUCGAACUUCGACGAGAUCGCGGAAAAGAUUUCGAUGAUGCCAGAAACAACGCAGGAUGUCGUCGAGUUGUAUAACUAUUUAUGCGAGAGCCGCGACACGACAAUGUUUAAUCUGAAGAGACGUUUAGCCCGCUCAAUCGAACUGAUAUUAUUUCUUUUCGAUUACCAGCCGCUCUCAGACGAGGAUCUACACUUGAACGCGCGUGCCAUCACUUGGCCGAAGGAAAUGGACACCGUGAUGGAGUUGGCAAGCAAGAGAUUGCUCAUGAGAAGAGACUUCUCAGAGUCGGCGCUUCGCACGCGACGCGACAACUUCGAUAAGAAGAUAAUUACGUUACAACAGGCUAUUGAUCAGUUCAAGCGGAAGGAUCCGCCGGUUCUCACGAUGGAGGAGAUGGAGCAGGCUGCAGAAGAGAUCGAGCAAAUCUCUAAGACCAUGGCGGACAUCCGCAAAGAAGCUGAAGAGAUCAAUGUGGAGGAGGGACUGUUGGACAUGGAAUUGAGCCCAUAUCUGGAGCUACCGACAAUGUCCUCCACAGUAGACAUCUUUGAUAGACUCUGGCAUAUCGCUCGAGGCUUCCAUAAGAACUAUGAUACGUGGUGUUAUGGGCCGUUUCUGGGUGUAGAUGCGGAAAAAGUGCGCGAGGAAACUGAAGAAACGUGGCGAACACUCUACAAAAUGUCACGCAUACUUGCCGACGUACCGGGAGCGAGACGCGUUGCUGAGAUGGUGCGCGGCAAAGUGGAGAAGUUUCAGCAAUUUAUUCCCGUGCUGCAGAUCAUCUGCACGCCAGGUCUACAAGCACGACAUUGGCAAGCUAUUAGCGAGAUCGUCGACAUGCCAAUAAUGCCGACGGACACUACUACUCUGUCGGAUAUGAUUGAUUGCGGUCUGAUUGUGCACGUCGCCAAGUUGGAGGAGAUCUCCUCUUCGGCCACCAAGGAAUACGUUCUACAAAGGAGCUUGCAGAAGAUGAAGGAGGAAUGGUUGGAAGUGUACUUCGACCUGAUGCCUUAUCGCGAGACUGGCGUGUCCAUAUUAACCGCCGUAGACGAUAUACAGACGUUGCUGGACGAUCACGUGCUCAAAGCGCAAACCAUGAGGAGUUCGCCUUUUGUCAAGGCGUUCGAACGGGAGAUGCAACAGUGGGAAGAGAAAUUGAUAAUGAUGCAGGAUAUUGUCGAUCAGUGGUUACUCUGUCAGGCCACGUGGAUGUAUCUAGAGCCGAUAUUCAGCAGCGAGGAUAUAAUGCGGCAGAUGCCGACCGAGGCACGGGAUUUCCGCAAGAUCGACAAGACAUGGCGGCGUAUUAUGACGCACGUGGCAAGCAACAGACGAGUGCUCGAGGCUACCACAUUCCCGAAUAUGCUGGAAGAAUUCAGGACAUGCAACAAGUUGCUUGAGGAGAUCCAGAAAGGUCUGAAUGAGUACCUGGAGAAAAAGCGAUUGUUCUUCCCGCGACUCUUCUUCCUAUCGAACGACGAGCUGCUAGAAAUCCUGUCCGAAACCAAAGAUCCGCAGAGAGUGCAGCCGCAUUUGCGAAAAUGCUUCGAAGGUAUCAGCAAGCUGCGCUUCACGAAAGACGAAGAAAUCAUCGGUAUGUUGUCGGAAGAAGAAGAGUACGUGCCUUUGAGCGGUAAGAUCUACCCGGCCGACGCGAAAGGUAUGGUGGAGAGAUGGCUGAGCCAAGUGGAGGAACUUAUGGUGAUUUCGAUGCGCGACAUCGCCGAGGAAAGUAUAAUCGCUUACUUCACAGCUGUGCGCGAAGAAUGGGUACUCUCUUGGCCCGGUCAAAUUGUCAUCUGUAGCAGUCAGGUGCAUUGGACCAGCGAGGUGUACGAGUCCUUUGAGGAUCGAAGCACAUUGUCCUAUUUACACAAAUGCAACGACCAGAUACAGCAUAUCGUGGAUCUCGUACGCGGCAAAUUAGACCGCGGUGCCAGGAUCACGUUGAACGCCUUGAUAGUGAUAGAUGUACACGCCAGAGACGUGGUGAAGCUCUUAGUGGACACAAACGUUACAAAUCCCUUAGACUUCAACUGGAUAUCACAGCUUCGUUAUUACUGGAUGGACGAUUGUAUCAUCGUUUCUAUGGUCACGACCGACAUCAUGUACGCUUUUGAAUACCUCGGCAACACAUCUCGCUUGGUCAUCACGCCGUUGACCGACCGAUGCUACAGAACCUUGAUGGGCGCGUUGAAGCUGAACUUGGGCGGCGCGCCAGAAGGACCGGCGGGUACCGGCAAAACGGAAACGUCCAAGGAUCUCGCGAAAACUGUGGCCAAGCAAUGCGUAGUUUUCAACUGCUCCGACGGCCUCGACUACAAGGCAAUGGGCAAGUUCUUCAAGGGCAUCGCGCAAUCCGGUGCAUGGGCCUGCUUCGACGAAUUCAACAGAAUCGAAUUGGAAGUAUUAUCCGUGAUCGCUCAGCAGAUAUUAUCGAUUCAAAUGGCCAUAAGCAUGAAGUUGGAAAAGUUUAUGUUCGAAGGCACCGAGUUGAAGCUAAAUCCCACUUGCAAUAUUAUCAUAACAAUGAAUCCGGGUUACGCCGGGCGUCAAGAAUUGCCGGACAAUCUCAAGGUGCUGUUCCGUACAGUAGCGAUGAUGGUGCCCGACUAUGCAAUGAUAGGCGAGAUUUCUCUGUACUCGUACGGUUUCAUUGACGCGAAGAACCUUGCUCAGAAGAUCGUCCACACGUACAAGCUGUGCUCCGAGCAGCUGAGCUCGCAGAAUCACUACGAUUAUGGUAUGCGAGCCGUCAAGACGGUGUUAAUAGCUGCCGGCAAUCUGAAGCUCAAAUAUCCAGCAAGCAACGAGGCCACGCUGGUUCUCCGUGCGAUUGUCGACGUCAAUCUGCCCAAGUUCUUGUCCCAGGAUGUGUUCCUUUUCACCGGUAUCUACACAGAUCUUUUCCCGGAUGUGGACCUGCCCCAGCCGGAUCGCGGCGAUCUCGUGGAUCUCGUCAAGACGAAUCUGGAGAAGCGAAAUCUACAGGCCACCCCGUGGUACAUAGAGAAGAUUGUGCAGAUCUACGAGAUGAUACUGGUACGACAUGGGCUGAUGUUGGUCGGUGCGGCGUUGGCCGGCAAGACACAAGCUUACCAAGCAUUGGCUGAUUCCUUGGGCGACCUGUCGACCAGACGAAAGGCCAUGGUACGAGAAUUUCGCACGACUUACCGAGUGAUUAAUCCCAAAGCCAUCACCUUGAAUCAGUUAUAUGGCAGCUUCGAUCCGUUGUCCCAUGAUUGGAACGACGGUGUGUUGGCUAAAACUUUUCGUGAAUUCGCCCAAUCUGUGUCGUUGGAUCGCAAAUGGAUCGUGUUUGACGGUCCCGUGGACGCGAUCUGGAUCGAGAGUAUGAACACCGUGUUAGACGAUAACAAAAAACUCUGCCUAAUGUCGGGUGAGAUCGUGCAAAUGUCCGCUAAAAUGAAUAUGAUGUUCGAGCCGGCUGAUCUCGAGCACGCCUCGCCGGCCACUGUCAGCAGAUGCGGCAUGAUCUACAUGGAGCCAUCUCAAUUAGGCUGGACACCUAUCUUCGAAUCUUACAAGAAAUAUCUGAAGGAGAAGCUAUUAAUUGAGCAGUUCGGACUCAUCGUGGAGUUGGUUGAAUGGCUCACCAAUCCGAUCUUCAAUUUUAUCCAACACAAUUGCAAGACAUUCGUAGCUAUGUCGGAGAAUCACAUGUUCCUGUCUUUCACGAAAGUAUUCAGUAUGAUGUUGGCAGAGGAGACGCAAGUGAGCACGGUAUGGCUACAAUGCGUAUUAAUAUUCAGUAUGGUAUGGGGUAUGUGUUCAACCUUAACGAGCGACAGUAGAAAAAUCUUUGAUGUAUAUCUGCGACAAUUGCUGCUCGGUAAUAUUGAGGAACAACCUAAGCCGAAGGCGUUCAAACUGACGAAGCAGCAACUAUUCCCUGACAAAGGUACGGUGUACGACUGGAUCUACGACAAGAGAAACAAUGGAUGUUGGAUAUCUUGGAUGGACACUAUGCAACAGGUAGUCUUAUCGGCAACGGCGAAGGCCAGUGAGUUAAUCAUCCAGACAACAGAGAUGUCCAUUCAAAACUUUUUUAUAAAGCAAUUCUUACACAGAGCAGUGCCAAUCUUGUUCGUGGGUCCAACGGGCACAGGCAAAUCCGCAAUCGUUCUCAACUAUCUCAUGUCAUUGUCCAAAGAGAAGUUUCUGGAGAACAUUAUAAAUUUCAGCGCUCGUACGAGCGCGCCGCUGACACAAGAGAUAGUUAUGUCGAAAUUAGACAGAAGAAGAAAAGGAGUCUACGGCCCCGCGAUGGGGAAGAAAUACGUGCUGUUUGUCGACGAUCUCAGCUUACCGCAAGUGGAAACUUACGGCGCUCAACCACCGAUAGAGUUGCUGCGUCAAUGGAUAGAUCACGGGUACUGGUUCGACUCGAAGGACAUGUCCAUGCUGUACUUGGCGGAUAUACUGAUGAUCGGCGCUAUGAUACCACCGGGCGGCGGCUCAAACGUCGUGUCGCCGCGAUUCAUUCGUCACUUGCACGUGAUCGGCAUCGAUUCCUUCGAAGAGACCACGAUGAAGAAGAUCUUCUCGUCGAUUCUCGAAUGGCACUUUGCCAAGGGCUUCGUCACCGAAGUCUCUAGAUUGAGUAAGAUGGUAGUGAACGCCACUAUGAAAGUGUUCCUCGCGGCUAUCCAGAAUUUCUUGCCAACACCGUCUAAGAGCCAUUACACGUUUAAUCUGCGCGAUUUCAGUCGCGUAAUCAUGGGCGUGUUAUUGGUACCUGCCGCUAGAAUGAAGGAUCCCGACAAGCUCAUCAGAUUGUGGGUACACGAGGUGUACAGAGUAUUUCAUGACAGACUGAUAGAUGACACCGAUCGUGAGACGUUGUUCAAGAUGGUGCAGCACACGUGCUACGAUCAGUUGCGUCAGCCACUAGACAAGGUGCUCGCCAGUUUGCUGAAAGAAGACGAAAAAACCGUCUCGUGUUCGCAUAUUCGUGAUCUCUUCUUCGGGAAUUAUAUUGAACCCGACGCCGAUCCGAAGAUAUACGACGAGGUAACGGAUCUAGAAAAUCUCCAGGAAAAGAUGGAAUACUAUCUGGCUGAAUACAACGCCGUGUCGCAAACACCAAUGAACUUAGUGCUGUUCAGGUACGCCAUCGAACACGUAUCUCGCGUGUCUCGAGUGUUACUGCAGGAUAAAGGUCAUGCAUUGCUCAUCGGGAUAGGCGGUUCUGGUCGCAACUCCUGUGCCCGACUGGCAACCAGCAUGUGCGAGUAUCUGAUACAUCAGAUUGAAAUCACGAGAAUGUAUGGGCCAACUGAGUGGCGGGAAGACCUGAAGUGCUUGCUAUUGCGCGUCGGCUGCAACGGCAAACCCACGGUUUUUCUCUUCAACGACCAUCAGAUCAAAGACGAAUCCUUCAUCGAGGACAUCAACAUGAUUCUCAACACCGCGGAUGUACCAAAUCUGUACGUGUUGGAAGAGAAAGCAGAGAUACAGGAUAAAAUGACGGCUAUCGCACGGGAUCCAAGCGCCCGAAAGAUAGAGAUAACGCCCAUGGCACUCUACAAUCUCUUCAUCGAGAGGAUCAAGAAGAACCUGCACAUAAUAUUGACGAUGUCACCGAUAGGCGACGCUUUUCGCAAUCGUCUCAGGAUGUUUCCAUCAUUGAUUAAUUGUUGCACCAUCGAUUGGUACACAUUGUGGCCAGAAGACGCCCUCGAGAAAGUAGCUAGGAUAUCAUUGAGGGAUCUGGACAUCGGUUCCGAACUGCGAGAGAAAUGUGUGCAGAUGUGUAAGCAAUUCCAUACGAGCGUUUCUGUGACGAGUGAGGAAUACUAUUUGACAUAUGGCAGACGAUACUACGUCACUCCUACGAGUUUCUUACAGCUGAUUAAGAGUCUCUAUAGACUCUACGGACAGAAGAUUGAUCAGAUCACGAUACAGCAGAAUCGCUACGAGACUGGUCUGGAGAAAUUGGACUUUGCGGCCGGUCAAGUGGCAGUUAUGCAGGACGAAUUACAAGAAUUACAGCCAAAGUUAGUGGCGCAGUCACAAUUGAGCGAUAAAUUAAUGAUCAGGAUCGAGCAAGAUACAGUGAAUGUAGAGGCGAAAAAAGAAAUCGUAGCGGCCGAUGAGGCACUGGCGAACGAAGCGGCAGCUGCGGCACAAGCUAUAAAGGACGACUGCGAGAGCGACUUGGCGGAAGCUACACCAGCAUUGGAAGCUGCGCUAGCAGCGUUGGAUACACUCAAGCCGGCUGACAUCACAAUCGUGAAGGCGAUGAAGAGUCCACCGGCCGGCGUUCGACUGGUCAUGGAAGCAGUAUGCGUAUUGAAGGGUGUGAAACCGGACAAAGCGCAGGAUCCAACCACUGGCCAGAUAGUGGACGACUAUUGGCCUGCGUCCAUUAAGCUGUUGGGCGAUAUGAAGUUUUUGGAGAAUUUAAAAAACUUCGAUAAGGACAACAUACCGCCCGCGUAUAUGAAACGUAUACGCGAUCGAUUUAUAAACGACAGGAGCUUCCAACCAGAAGCUAUUAAGAAGGUCUCAGCCGCCUGUGAGGGUCUGUGCAAAUGGGUACGUGCCAUGGAGGUGUACGACCGUGUCAUUAAAGUGGUCGCGCCGAAGAAAGCAAUGUUGGCGGAAGCCGAGGCCGCGCUGGCCAUGCAGAUGGAGACUCUCAACGCUAAAAGGAACCUCCUGCAGGAGGUAUCGCAAAAGUUGCAGUCUUUAAACGACGAAUUCGCCGAAUGUAUGAGGGAGAAAAAAAAGCUCGAGGAUCAGAUCGAUCAUUGCACGCAAAAGCUGGAAAGAGCAGAGAAAUUGUUGGGCGGCCUCGGCGGCGAGAAGAUAAGAUGGAGCGAGACAGCUUCCAAUCUUGGUGCGAGUCUGAACAACGUGAUCGGCGAUGUUCUAUUAUCAUCUGGUGUAGUCGCUUACCUUGGGGCGUUCACCGUGGAAUAUAGAAACAGUUUGAUCGACCAGUGGCACGCCUCUUGUACGCAAGCAGUGAUACCGUGCGGCACGAAGUUUAGCUUAAUCGAUAUAUUGGGCGAUGCUGUGGAAAUCAGAAACUGGAAUAUCCAAGGUUUGCCGGCCGACAAUUUCUCCGUAGAGAAUGGAAUAAUUGUGAAGAACGCCGACCGAUGGCCGCUCAUGAUCGAUCCGCAAAAUCAGGCUAACAAAUGGGUGAAGAAUAUGGAGAAGCAGAACGCUUUGGUAAUAAUCAAGCUUACGGAUCCGAAUUACGCUAGAGUAAUAGAAAUGAGUCUUCAAUUCGGUACGCCGGUCCUGCUAGAGAAUAUCUUGGAGGAGAUCGACGCGGUGCUGGAGCCCGUGCUGUUGAAAAAUGUAUAUAAGAAACUCGGGGUUCUGUACAUGAAGUUCGGUGAAGUUGUAUUAGAGUACAACCCGAACUUCCGAUUUUACAUCACCACGCGUCUUAGAAAUCCACAUUACUUACCUGAAGUGGCGGUCAAAGUGACUCUAUUGAACUUCAUGAUCACGCCACAAGGUUUACAGGACCAACUGUUGGGUAUAGUCGUAGCAAAGGAGCUGCCGAUUCUCGAGGAGAAGAAGAAUCAACUAAUAGUGGAGGGUGCGAACAACAAACGGAUACUGAAGGAGCUCGAGGACCAGAUUUUAAAGGUGCUCUCGGCGUCGGAGGGCAAUAUACUGGAGGAUGAGACCGCUAUCAAGAUACUCUCGACGUCGAAAGUGAUGUCGGAGGACAUUCAGGCAAAGCAGGAGGUCGCGAUCACAACGUCGGAGGAGAUAGACAGAGCUCGCAAUGGCUACUUACCUGUGUCGAAGCACGGCGCGGUUCUCUUCUUCUGCAUCUCUGAAUUGGCGAACAUCGAUCCCAUGUACCAGUAUUCCUUACCGUGGUUUUUGCACCUCUACGUCAUGGCGAUAGCCAACAGCGAGAAGUCUGACGAUCUGAACGCUCGCAUGGAUAAUCUCAAUUCGUACUUCACAGCGACCAUCUACAGGAACGUGUGUCGUUCUUUGUUCGAAAAGGACAAGCUGAUAUUUUCCUUAGUACUCUGCGCUGGUCUGCUGCGCGCCUCUCACAAAUUAGAAGAGGACCUCUGGGUAUUUCUGCUGACAGGUGGAGUCGCUUUGGAUAAUCCUUAUCCGAAUCCCGAUCCCUCUUGGUUAUCUGAGAAAUCCUGGUCGGAAGUAGUGAGAGCUAGUCUCUUGCCAGGCCUCAAACCGCUGAAAGAAUCCUUCCAGUCUAACAUAUCGCACUGGCAAAAGUACUAUGAUCUCUCGAAUCCACAGGAUUAUCCGUUACCAUCGCCGUUUCAGGACGAGGACGACGGCAGUCUGAAAAGACUCGUGAUCCUGAGAUGCGUGAGAAUGGAUAAAUUGGUCGUCGCCGUUCAGGCGUUCGUCAUACGUCACAUGGGUCGAUCGUUCGUGGAACCGCCGCCAUUCGAUCUUCAAAGCUCGUACAACGAUUCAAGCAACGUCACACCUAUCAUUUUUGUGCUCUCACCGGGCUCGGAUCCGAUGGCUGGCCUGAUAAAGUUCGCCGAGGACCACGGGAUCUCGAAGAAAAAUCUAAUGACUACGUCGUUGGGUCAGGGUCAAGGUCCUAUCGCGUCUGGCAUGAUCGAGCGCGGCAUCAAGAGCGGCGAGUGGGUAAUCCUGCAGAAUUGUCAUCUCGCCGUGUCGUGGAUGAAGGAACUCGACAGGAUAUGCGACGAGGUCAUCGUGCCUGAGAAGACACAUCCGAACUUCCGUAUCUGGCUGACCAGUUACCCGUCCGACGGGUUUCCAGUGUCUAUACUACAGAAUGGCGUUAAGAUGACGAACGAGCCACCGAAGGGCUUGAAGAACAAUUUGCUGCGAAGUUACCUGAACGAUCCUAUAUCAGACCCCAAGUUCUUUCGUGGCUGUACGAAAUUGGUGGAGUGGCGUCAUUUGUUGUUUUCCUUAUGCUUCUUUCACGCAGUAGUGCAAGAACGGCGAAAUUUUGGCCCGCUGGGAUGGAACAUACCCUACGAGUUCAACGAGUCCGAUUUACGUAUCAGUAUCCUGCAAUUACAAUUAUUCAUAAACGACUACGACGAAGUACCGUUUGAGGCGCUUAUAUACUUGACAGGAGAAUGCAAUUAUGGAGGCAGAGUAACUGACGAUAAAGAUAGACGCUUACUGAACGCGCUGCUGAAGAAUUUCUAUAAUCCUGAAGUUAUUAGGAAUCCACGGUAUUGCUUUUCGCCGAGUGGAAUUUACCACCUAGCGGAUGACAUCGAUUACGAGGGGUGUUUGGUAUACAUUCGUAAUUUACCAAUCAAUCAGUUGCCAGAAGUUUACGGUUUGCACGACAAUGCGGACAUAACGAAGGAUAAUCGGGAAACGAGGCAACUAUUAGAUAGCGUACUUCUUACUCAGCCGCAAAUUAGCGGAGUAGGUGUUGUGAAAGAUAUGGACGAAGUGAUUUUUGCAUUGGCCGCUGAUAUUUUGUCGAGAAUACCGGCUCAAUUCGACGUAAAAGACGUGUUGAAAAAAUAUCCGAUUCUCUACAUGAAUAGUAUGAAUACAGUUCUGUACCAAGAGCUUAUCAAAUUUAAUGACCUAACCAGAGUCAUCACGGACUCAUUAAACAACGUGCAGAAAGCGAUCAAAGGGCAAGUUUUGAUGUCAGCGGAUUUGGAGGAAGUUUAUAUUAGCAUGAGCGUGGGUAAGGUACCGCAGGCUUGGGAUAAAAAAUCGUACCCAUCCCUGAAGCCACUUGGCAGUUACGUGAACGACUUGUUGACGAGACUACAAUUUCUGGACGACUGGAUUGAGCACGACGCACCGAACGUCUUUUGGAUAUCCGGUUUCUUCUUUACACAGUCGUUUCUCACUGCAGUGCUUCAAAAUUAUGCUCGCCUGCACAAGAUUUCAAUCGAUCAACUAGAUUUUCAAUUCGAAAUCACACAGUUCGAAUCAAGGAACGUCAAGGAAGCCCCUUCUUAUGGAGUUUAUAUAACUGGUCUCUUUUUGGAUGGAGCUCGUUGGAAUAGAGAGAAAAUGUUACUGGAUGAAUCUAAGCCUAAAAUAAUGUUCGAUGUGUUACCUGUUAUAUGGCUGAAGCUUGGUUUGAAGGCUGAAUUCGUCAUAAGAGACGUCUACCAUUGUCCAGUGUACAAAACGAGCGCUAGACGCGGUGUUUUGUCUACCACGGGACACUCGUCCAACUUUAUAUUAUAUAUCCUAUUGCCGACGGACCUAAACGAGUUACAUUGGAUUAUGAGAGGUGUAGCUUCUCUUUGUCAACUCGAUGAUUAAUACAAACGAUAAGUUAUGAAUUAAUGACGUUAAAACGGUAAGUGAUGAAACACAAAUGGUGUGUGUAUGUGUGUGUAUAUAUUUUGAUUAGUUUUCUCAUAUAUAUAUAUAUGAGAAAACUAAUCAAAAAAUUAUUUACAUACUGGAAUUAAUUAUAUAC